GGCAAAAAAUCUGCAGUACUGCUGAUCCAAUCAGGCUUUAUUAGAAAGAGAUGGAAGUGACCUCAUAUUAUCCGCUUUUCACUAUACUCGUGCGACUCCCUUUCCACUGCCAUCAGCAGUCCAUUCUCCAUUCUAUAUGUCGAUGGCACAAGUGAGCAUAAGUGAGCAUAAGCAUGAGGUUAUGUACACAAGGAGAAAAAUGAAGAGAUCGCACUCAAAACGAAACGAAGAGGAGAUCGAGGAAAGCUAUCGCAAACGAAGAGAUUACAAACGCAAUGACAAUCGUAAGGAGUCUAGGCAUAACGAUGACCACAGUAGUUCCAGGUGCGGUGAACACAGAAGUUUCAGACGAGACAGUAAUCAUCGAAGUUCUAGACGUGACGAUGAUCAUCGGCGUACUAGACGCGAUGAUCACAAAAAUCUUAGAUACAACGACGAUCGUAAGGAUAAUAAUGGCGAAAGGGGCAGAAAGCAGAAUUUGCCGGAAGAAGAAGUAGGAAGUAGGUAUUAUGGAGAACCGGAUAAAACGCAAGAGAAUGUAGAGGAAGUUAGGCAAAAGCGUACAGUGGAUCUUCUGACUUCAAAGACGGGAGGUGCGUACAUUCCACCUGCCAAAUUGCGUAUGCUCCAAGCAGAGAUAACUGAUAAGUCUGGAGCUGCUUAUCAACGUAUUGCAUGGGAAGCGUUGAAGAAGUCUAUCCAUGGUUAUAUUAAUAAGGUUAACACUAGUAAUAUAGGAAUCAUAACAAGAGAAUUGUUGCACGAAAACAUUGUUCGUGGUAGAGGUUUGUUGGCGCGUUCUAUUAUUCAAGCGCAAGCUGCUUCUCCAACAUUCACUCCAGUUUAUGCAGCACUAACAGCUAUAAUCAAUUCCAAGUUCCCUGAUAUAGGUGAAUUGGUAUUGACGCGUCUCGUUCUGCAAUUUAAACGUGGGUUUAAAAGAAAUGAUAAACCUUUGUGUAUAUCCUCAGGCACAUUUAUAGCACAUUUGGUUAAUCAAGGUGUAGCCUAUGAAAUUAUUGCUUUAGAAAUUUUGACUCUGUUAUUGGAAACACCAACAGAUGAUUUCGUUGAAGUGGCCAUAGCAUUUUUGAAGGAAUGUGGCAUGAAGCUGACAGAGGUUUCGCGAAGAGGUGUAGAAGCCAUCUUUGAGAUGUUAAGAAACAUACUACACGAAGGACAAUUGGAUAAGCGAGUUCAAUAUAUGAUAGAAGUUAUGUUUCAAAUCAGAAAGGAUGGAUUUAAGGAUCACGAAGCUGUUCCCCAAGAAUUGGAUCUUGUGGAAGAGGAGGAUCAAUUCACCCAUUCGAUAAGAUUAGAUGACGAGAUGGAUACGCAAGAUAUAUUAAAUGUGUUCAAGUUUGAUGUAAAUUAUCUUGCUAGCGAGGAGAAGUAUAAGCAAUUAUGUAAAAAGAUUCUUGGUUCAGAUGUCAGUGAUUCGGAAGAUAAUGAUGAGAAUAGAGAAGAUGACAGUUCGGACGAAGAUAGCAGCGCGGAACAAGUCGAAGGAAAGAAAGAUGUAAUAUUUGAUAAUACAGAAACAAAUCUGACCGCACUUCGUCGAACUAUAUAUUUGAUGAUACAUUCCUCGCUCGAUUUCGAAGAAUGUGCACACAAGUUGAUGAAAAUGCAACUGAAACCCGGACAGGAGAUCGAAUUGUGCCACAUGUUCUUGGACUGCUGCGCGGAGAUGCGAACGUACGAGAAGUUCUUUGGACUUUUAGCCGUUCGGUUUUGCGCCAUCAAUAAGAUGUACGUAACACCAUUCGAGCAAAUCUUCAAAGAUUCCUAUCAUACGAUACAUCGUCUCGAUAGCAACAAAUUGCGGAACGUGUCGAAAUUUUUUGCCCAUUUACUAUUCACGGAUUCCAUUUCGUGGAGCGUACUGUCGUGUAUAAAAUUGAACGAGGAAGAUACCACUAGUUCUAACAGGAUAUUUAUUAAGAUUCUGUUUCAAGAACUCUCAGAGUAUAUGGGUCUAGCAAAACUGAAUGAACGAGUCAAGGAUGCAACACUGCAAGAAGUGUUUGAAGGACUAUUUCCUAGAGAUGAUCCGAAAAAUACGCGUUUUGCAAUUAACUUUUUUACUUCAAUUGGUUUGGGUGCUUUGACUGAUGAUUUAAGAGAACACUUAAAAUCCCGUUCAAAGCCGACUACCGUACCAGCAUUAAACGCUCAAGAGAAUGAACUCUCCAGUUCCGAUGAAUCUACUUCAUCAUCUAGUUCCACCUUGUCUAGUUCUACAACAACGGAUUCUUCUUCAUUAUCAUCAGAGGAUGAAAUUUCGGCAAAGAAGAAAAAUAAACAAAAAGGAAAGAAAUCUAAAUCAAAGGACAAAAAGGAAGAGAAACACAAAAAGAUGCAAAAGAAAAAAAAGAAAAAUAAGACGACAAAAAGGAAUAAAUAAAAUAGCUAAUAUCUUCCAAACAUUUUUGUAUGUACAAAUCAUGAAGUAUGGCACCCAGCUGUCUAUUUCGAGGAAGAGCAAAGAUGAAGAGUGCGCCAUCAAUAUCAUCGAAGUUUCGCGAUACUUCAUCCUGACAAUGAAUACAAGAUGGCAACGAUACUAAGCAUACUGUAUUUUGCGUAGUCGUCGGUUCACGGGCAUAUGCAUAUGUGUAUGCUGCGCACCGCACCGCAUGGAGUGCGAGUGUGACAGAGAGAUGCGCACAAGAGAGGGAGAGAUACGCAAGCUAUUUUGACGGGAAGGCCACAUAACUAGACGGCGGCAGCGUCCGAUUCACAUGAAUGCGCGUGCCGCCGCGGACGACAGCACGUCGUAACCGAGCUAUGCGCAUUAUGCUCUACUUGUAUAUGAAUGUGUACGUACACGCACACGGCAUACACACUUGCUCUUCUUGAGUGACAAAGUGAGGGACUACACAGAAACGUAAUUGGAAUUUUUCAAUCGAAUCGAGAGCAAAACGCGCAUGUAAUAUAAAUUUCUAAUUAAAAUAAAAUUAUUCUACGAUUAU